AUGAACAACAAACACAACAAAGCAGAAGAGAUUGAGGAAGCCGGUUCUUAUCCGCUUCAAGCCUUAGGUUCAAUCAAUGACGGAGAGGCUGGUAGUCCGCAGUGGACAGAUGAGGAGGAAAAGAAGCUGGUUCGAACGAUUGACUGGCGCGUGUUCCCAAUGCUAUGCACCAUCUUCGGGCUCUCACUAUUAGACCGAACUAAUAUAUCCUCUGCCUACAUUGCUGGCCUCAAAGAGGACAUUCACCUUUCGGAAGGAUCACGAUAUAACAUCGCUCUGCUUGUCUUUUUCAUUGGAUAUGGGUUAUUCGAACUCCCAUCGAACCUCGUCAUCCGCCGGAUCGGCGCCAGGGUGUGGCUGAGCUUCCUGAUUGUAUCAUGGGGCGCCUGCGUUCUCGGGAUGGGUUUCGUUCAGAGCUGGCAGUCCUUGACCGUGUGCCGUGCGUUGCUCGGAAUCUUCGAGGCUGGACUCUUCCCCGGUGCAGUCUUCAUCAUCGCAUCGUGGUACCGGCAGUAUGAGACAGCGACGAGGGUCUCGCUUUUCUAUAUGGCCGCACUGAUCGCCUCUGGAUUCGGGCCGAUCCUUGCUUACGUGUUUUCCUUGAUUCGAGUUGGUGAUGGAAUAUACAGACAGGGCUGGCGGUGGAUUUUUAUCAUCGAGGGGAUUGCGACCAUUGUGGCCGGGAUUGCUGCCGCGUUUUUCCUCGUGGAGUUCCCUGAUAAAGCACGUUGGUUGACGCCGCGACAGAAACAGAUUGCGAUCGCCCGGCUAUCGGCUGAUAAGCGGGAGAGAGAGUAUAAACACCCCAGUCUUAAGGAGGCGAUGUUCUAUUCAGUACUUCAUCGCCGCCUCGAGCGUCUACUCAAUUGCCUACUUCAAGACCAUCAUUCUCCGAGAAGGAUGGGCUUCAGCUACGCCCUGGCCCAAAUCCUCUCAUCACCACCGUAUGUAUUCGCUGUGAUCAUGUCUCUGGUUAUGGCCUGGCUGUCCGAUAAGUAUAAAAUCCGCUGGGCCAUCCUCGUGGUCCAAUCGCUGUCCGCAGUCGUUGGGCUCCUCAUCACGCUGUACUGUAAACCACCAGGCGUUCGUUACUUUGGCCUGUUCAUCGCCGUAUUCGGGACGCAGGCGAAUAUACCAGGGACACUAUCAUAUGGCCAAAGCCAGAUCCCAACAGUGGAGAAACGCGGUGUGGUCGCGGCAGCUAUGAUAUCUGUCGGUGCGGCUGGGGGCAUUGCGGGGUCCACCAUUUUUAGAACGCAGGAUGCGCCUAGAUAUCUCCCUGGAAUGUGGGCCACGAUCGCGAUGCAAAUGCUAUAUACCGUUGUGACGUUGGUCUUUUCGUUUUACCUCAAGCGACAGAACCGCCUUGUGGACGAAAAGAAGCGAGGUGACCUGGAGGGCGUGUCCGGGUUUCGAUAUGCCCCUUGA